GCACAAUUCCCUUUCUUUUCUUUUCUUUCUUCUUCUUCUUCUACCAUUCUUCAUUCUCUUUCAUUCUCCAUUUAACCUCUCUUCCGUUCCGACAAACAUUGAUUCCUCAUUUAAACCCAUUUUUAUUUUGGUUGAUUCUCAAUCCCAAAAACUCGUACACCUAAUAACUUAAAACACACUCUCUCUUUUUUUCUCUAUCUCUCUUAAGGCCAGUGAGCCGCUUUUGGUUUUCGGGUGCACCUCGUGGAACGGGGAUUGAUGUGAUUUGCACAAAGGAUAAAGAGAGAAUCGAAAGAAUAUUUCACUGUUUUUUAUUAUUAUUUUAUUUAUAUUUCUCGGUUACGCUUUAUUCUUUCACCUCAGGUCAUGUCUGUCAUUUUUACAAUUUUUUUUUAUAAUCUUCGCGGGAUCAAUUAAUUAUACGGAUAACUAAUUUUAAUAAUCACUUUUUUUUUCUUAUAUAAAACUCAAAUAUAAGAACUUGUUUAGAAGGAUCGAGUACGGCGUGUUAAUUGUCAAUUUUUUUAUUAUUUUUUUUUACAUUUACGAUAUGAAAAAAUGUUUUCAUGUUUUUUUCAUUAAUUAAGCAAAUAAGGGGUGUCAGAAACUUCGGCUAGGACACGCUGUGGUUUCUUAUUAUUUUUCGAAUUUGUGUGCGGUAAAGCAAAGCACAUAGUAGUAGUAGUGUAGUACCCUUGCCCCAUUUUGUUUUUCUUUCUCUCCUUUUCAUUAUUGACCCGAUUUCUUUGAGAUUUUGAUAUCGCUUUCGAUCUUGCUCUGAUCCCGAGCCUCGUUCUCAAGACCACUUUUCCUUUUUCUCCUUUGCUCCAUUCUGUUUCCCCACGAAACAUAUCAUUUGUUGGACAACCAAAGCUCGAAAAUUCCCUUUUCCUUUUUCUAUUUUCCAACUUUUUUUUCUUUCUCUCUUCUUCUUUCGCUUGUUGGUGCAUUUGGGCCAUCAUUUUUAGUUUUGGUGCUUUCAUUGGCGUUGCUCGAGACAGAUAGGCAUUCCUCUGCCACUGUUUCAUUCAAUGAAAGAAGAGAAGAGGGCAUAGUGAAGAAAAAUGUUUACGUGCAUAGCGUGUACGAAGCAAACGACAGAUGAGAGGGAUGAAGAAGGAGGAGGUCGUGAGAGUGGCACGCCGAGUACAAAAGAAGCCGUCAAAAGCCUGACCACGCAGAUAAAGGAUAUGGCAUUGAAGUUUUCAGGCGCUUACAAGCAAUGCAAACCCUGCACAGGGUCCAGUAGCUACAAGAAAGGACAUAGACCAUAUCCAGACUUUGAUACCAUCUCAGAAGGGGUUCCAUACCCUUAUAUAGGAGGUGGUGCAAGCUCAAGUUCAACCCCUGCAUGGGACUUCACAACCUCUCACUACCCUGGUGGUAGAUCUGACCCAAGAUUUGCUGGGGCAUUUGGUGGUGACCGCACUCCUAGAGGACGUGACUCAGCAUCAGUUUGUGAUGUAGUCUUGGAGGAUGAGGAUGAGCCUAAGGAGUGGAUGGCACAGGUGGAGCCAGGGGUUCACAUUACGUUUGUUUCUCUUCCUAAUGGAGGAAAUGAUCUUAAAAGAAUUCGUUUCAGCCGAGAGAUGUUUAAUAAAUGGCAAGCUCAAAGAUGGUGGGGUGAGAAUUACGACAGAAUCAUGGAACUUUAUAACGUCCAGAGAUUUAAUCGACAAGCUCUUAACACUCCUCCAAGGUCUGAGGAUGAGCAAAGAGAUUCUUCUUUCUCAAGAUUGACAUCUGCACAAGAAAGCCCGAUGCCCUCAAACAAGGAUUGGACACCAAGGAGUCACUAUAAACCCUCUGGGGCUGGGAGCAGAGGAUAUUACCCCUCUGAACCGUUGGAUCACGGUGGAGGUGGUGGCCACUUCCAUGCAGGGCCGUCUAUGGAACCAGCAAGGGACACUACUGCUUCUAGGGAUGAGCCUUCUAUCAGCAAUGCCAGUGAAAUGGAGACAGAAUGGGUAGAACAAGACGAGCCUGGAGUUUACAUUACAAUCAGACAGUUAGCUGAUGGGACAAGGGAGCUACGACGUGUCAGAUUCAGCCGGGAAAGAUUUGGGGAGGUGAAUGCAAAAACUUGGUGGGAAGAGAAUAGAGAGAGAAUACAAGCUCAAUACCUUUGA